AGUCCCCUGCACGGGUCCAGUCGGUUGGUGUGUGUGAGGGCGGACAGUCGGAAGAUCCUGCAGUGCCGAGACUAGGGAUCCUGCCGCUCCCCCGCUAGUAGUCGUGAAGGAUCUCUGCCUCUCGUGUCACCUGAGAGGGAUCCUGUCACUUCUUUGGACUUCCUGCGAGCAGCGAGGAUUCGUUUUUACGUUUCCUCUCUCCCUCGCGCGGAUUUUCCUUUGGGGGGAUCCUGCAGCUUUUCUUUUUCUUCCUAAACGACUUCGUGUCUUUGGAAGGAUACUCGGCCCGCUGGGAAGAAUCUUUGUCUUCGUGCAGCCGUGAGUGACGCGGACUGCACAGAGCCGGCAAGAUGGGUUGGACCACCAGCCUCCUCCUCCUCUCCUUAUUAGGACUUUCGGCAUGCCAGCAGCGGUCACUCAGCGAUGGUGGGCGAAGAAGACAGCGCCUGCCCCUGCCCGCUUCCAAGGCCGAGGUGGCUAACUUCAACUGCCCACAGGACUUCGGCUACUACCCCCACCCCACCGACUGCACCCAGUACUACGUGUGCGUGUUUGGCGGCGCGCUCCAGGAGUCCUGCACCGGCGGCCUCGUCUACAGCCACGAGUUGGAGACGUGUGACUGGCCCCGCAAUGUGGACUGUGCCCCCGGAGCGACUGGCGGCGGGGUCCCCACUAUCAUCGUGACCGACCCGCGCACCCAGAGCACUCGCCCGAUCAGCACCGCCACCGAGGCACUCACGCCCUCCGUCGGCUUCGACAGGAAGUUCGACCACAGCUUCAGUUCCACCAAGAGUCACCGCACCACCCAGUCCCUGAAUGGCGGCGACAGGAGCGGCAGUGAAAGGUCGCUCUUCAGACAGCCUGCCUCCCCCAAGCAACAGUUCCUCUCCACGUUCUCCUCCUCCUCCUUCUUCAACACACCCCAGAGCACGUCGAACAGGCGACCCACAAAGUCCGCCACCUUCACCCCGGCGCCCGCAGCCCCCUCCCGCCUCCCAUCCGUCGAUCAGUCCUACUACGCUGAUGCCAACUACACCGACCCCGACUACUACUACUUCUACGACGAUAUCCUCUACGACUACUAUGAUGAUGCCCCCGCGCCCGCCACCCCCGCCCCCACCCGCCGCCCCACACAGGCACCCAUCAGAGAGGAGAUCUUCGGUACUGGUGGGAGUGAGCUAAUCCACCGCCUCCCACCUCCACCACCUCCUCCUCCCACCACUACUACCACUACCACCACCUCUACCACCACCACCACCACCACUACUACUACUCCCCGUCCUACCACUACCACUACCACCACCACCACCACUCGUCCUCCCCAAAAACUGAGGCCCAUUCCCGUCAGAGCUCGCGUUGCUCCUUCCACGUCGUCCAAGUCCUUCAGAAGGGCAGGAUCCAGCAGCAGGAGGGCAGGAAGCUCUUCUGGUGCCCCCACUGCUUCUCCUCAGUCCUUCCAAGUUCCCAACGCAUCGUCCCGUCUGAGGUCACCUUCCUCUUCCGACUCUUCAACCAGAGACGCAAUAGCCAAGUUGUUCGACUUUACCUCCCCUGACUUUGAUUCUACACGCCCCAUCUCGUCCUUCUCCUUCUCCAGCCUCUCCCCCUCCUCCCAACAGCCCUCCUUCCCCCAAACUUCUUUUCAACCCAUCCCUUUCCGUGCUCCGGCCCCUGUACCCUCCCCUGUCCCUAUCUCUUCCCCUGUUGCCCAGCCCCACCCCGCCAGAAUCCCGGCUGUUGGGAGUGUCAAGAAGCCUCGAGUCCAAACCCGGCCCAGGGCAACUUCCCAGGCUAUUAGAAGCCGGACCCGUCCCUCCUUCCCUGCCCCUAACACACCCUCCCAAUCACCUUUCACCCCCUCCAACUCCUUCCCAUCCUCCCCCUUCUCUUCAUCCGGUUCUCGUACUCCUAGCACAGCCCAGAAUCGCGUGAGAAGUCCUGCAAGAUCUCCCUCUUCUAGUUUCAAUCGCUCCCCCUCUCCCCCCCCCUCCUCCUCCUCCUCCUCUGCCAACACCCGUUCCUCCGCUCCUCCUCCAGGCCCUCCCGCCGUCGACAACAGCCAGCCCAAGAGAAAUAGACGCCCCACCCUCAAGCCGGUCUCUGUACUCGCGCCCUCCGCCCCCUCCGUUUCCAUCGAUAUUUGGCGAUACCCCCCGAGGAGGCCCCCUCCCACGCGCCCCACCCCCACCCCCGACACCAAGGCGACCAAGUGCGACCCUAAGGUGUGCCGCCUCCCCGACUGCUACUGCGGCGGCAAGGAUAUCCCAGGUGGACUUUCCCCCGUGGAGGUUCCCCAGCUAGUCCUCCUCACAUUUGACGACGCUGUAAACGACCUCAACAAAGGGCUCUACAAUGAUCUCUUCCACGUGGGUCGCAAGAACCCCAACGGCUGCCCCAUCGCCUCCACCAUGUACGUCAGCCACGAGUGGACUGACUACUCCCAAGUGCAGGACCUCUACGCCGAAGGACACGAAAUAGCCUCCCACUCCGUGUCCCAUAGUUUCGGUGAGCAGUUCUCCACCAGCAAAUGGGCCAAGGAGAUCGCUGGCCAGAGGGAGAUCCUGUCAGCGUACGGCGGGGUGAAGAUGGAGGACGUGAGGGGCAUGAGGGCUCCCUUCCUUGCUGUGGGCGGCAACAAGAUGUACAGGAUGUUGCACGAGCAGAACUUCACCUACGACUCGUCCAUGCCCGUGUACGAGAACACCCCCCCGAGCUGGCCUUACACCCUCGACUACAGGAUCUUCCACGACUGCAUGAUCCCGCCCUGCCCCACCAACUCCUACCCGGGUCUGUGGCAGGUGCCGAUGGUGAUGUGGCAGGACCUGAAGGGCGGCCGUUGCUCCAUGGGCGACGCCUGCACCACCCCCGCCGACGCCGAGGGUGUCUACAAAAUGCUCAUCAAGAACUUCGAGCGUCACUACACGUCUAACAGAGCUCCCUUCGGCCUCUUCUACCACGCGGCCUGGUUCACCACGCCGCACCACAAGGAGGGCUUCAUCGCCUUCCUUGACACCAUCACCGCCAUGGACGACGUGUGGCUCGUCACCAACUGGCAGUCGCUGCAGUGGAUGAGGGACCCCACGCCCCUCUCCCGCGUCAAGAGCUUCGGCCCCUUCCAGUGCAACUACUCGGACCGCCAGAAGUGCACGAGCAAGAAGGUCUGCAACGUGUGGCACAAGGGCGGCGUGCGCUACAUGAGGACGUGUCAGAAUUGCCCCGAGUCUUAUCCAUGGACGGGCAACACUGGCGUCAGAAGUCCCCUUAACGACCCCUAGACUGUGUACCUCCCGCUCCGUCUCUUCCAUCUUUAACUCUCCCCCCCCCCCCUUCCCCAAUCAUGUUACCUUAUCCCCAACACUCCCUUUUACCACCGCAACAACCCCUCGUCCCUCUCUACCAUCCCUCACCUUUGCUAUGCCCCCUUUCUUAACCCCCUUUCCUCUUCAUCUCUCCUGCUUCCUUUCCUACUCCAUUAUAUAUGUCUUUUUAUCCGCACUCCACUUAUCCUUCCCAUCCCAUACCCUCUACCCCAUAACCAUCCCCAUUACUAACACUCAUACAUCCCUCCAGUUCCUAUCCCCGUUCCCCUUUCUUCCUCUCUUCCUUCCCAUUACACCCCACCCCCCCAACCCCCGAGACUGUGAUGUAAACUUGUGUCUGUCCGUAAACCAAGCUAAAUAAAGGAACAAUUAUAAAAAAAUUAAAAAAUCACGUUAAGCAAGACGUUGAUGAGAAAAGUAUCAUCUUCGUUUUGCUGCAUUGAAGAUUUUUCUGCCCGAGACCUUUCCUUUUUGCAACACAAUCUGAGUUUGCUGCAUCAGUUCAUUACAUAUAUUAGUCUAUAGGAAUUAGAUAUAUACUAGAUGAGUACUGUUUUUCUUAUGUAUGCAUUUCCGGAGGUGAAGUGGAGGAAAACAAAUUACUGCAUUCAUGUGUGUGUGUGUGUGUGUGUGUGUGUGUGUGUGUGUGUGUGUGUGUGUGUGUGUGUGUGUGUUUAGGCUCUCCUCCCCCGCACUCUUUCUCCCUCCUUUCCACAAACAAGACGGACAUGGAUGAACAACAAAGAACAAAAUCAAGUCAACACACGGAACAAGAAAACGUAAACAAAGAUGUGAAAGAGUAAACAGACUGCCAAACAAGCAAGCAAACAAACAAUGGUGCAGGUGGCGCCCGAAAUUCUUGAUUGAAAAACAAAAUUAAUACACAAAAUAAAUUAUUACGCAAUACUUUAUCUGCUGCCACAUCGGACACACUACUGUAACUAAUGUAGCAGCAUCCUUCUGUUCGUCACCUUAUGAACCAUAUUAUGAUGUAGAUAUGUAAAUAGAAUCUCCUAUCUCUCUCUUUCUCUGCUUCUCUCUUCCGACUCUCUCCCUCUUCUUUCUCCUCGUUCUCCCUCUCUCCUCUCCUUCCCUUAGUGCAUGUUCGCUAAAUCUGUUCGUCUUCCAUUUGAGAAAGAGUAGAUUGCUAGGAACAGGCAUGUCGCUUACUGUCCAUUUACUCUGUCUCAGUAUGUUGCUGGCCACUGUCAACUUCUUUAUAUGGAUACAACUUCAUUAUCUGUUUUGGUUCUAGUUAAAUCCAUUCAACCAGUGCAAUAAUGACAAAUAUGAUAAUAAACUAAUUGUCAGUCCAUUACAUAAGUCGUUUCUAUCUUUCAAUUGAUCCCUAGAGUCGUGCCAUCUUAACUGGUGACACACAAACACACACACACACACACACAGACACACACAUUGGAUGGCUGUGACUGCAUCGAGAAAACCAACGCUUCCCUCCCAUCCUCCACGAAGCAGCUGCGUGUGUCCCCAGGCGGGAAACACUCACUACCUUCACUAGAAUGUUGUUGCGUGUUAGUUUGAGGUGAAAAAAUAUACAUAAACCUAAAGCUGACUGUCUAUAGCCGCCUUUUAUCCUAUCUAGAGACUUUAGUGCAUAGCUAUUAGAAAAGCUACCUGCUCACUCGCUCCUUUCACUAACAAUGACUGAAGGUGAUAUAAUCUGACCCUGAACAGUAGACACAUGCACUCAGUAACAGUAAUAAUUGAGAGUAGUAACGUCCGUUCUCUCGUGACGGACGAAGCUCUGAAGUGUUCGAACUUCUGUCGACAAGUUUUAUUAUCGGCAGAACACUUACACAGCACGGCCAAGACUACGUAAUUAACAGCUCCAUUAGAAGCUUAUUUAUGGAAAACGAGGUAGUUAGCUUCUUAUCUGCACCACCAGUGCCACAAACAGGGGGUCUAGAUGGCUGCUCUAGAUUUCUUGGCCACAGACACGCACCUCAUUCUUAAAUUAUGUACGUGUAGGUUCUUUCCUCAAUACAGUAGUCACCCUUUAAAACAUUUGCAUGAGUUUACAUUUUCUCCACGGUAUUUUCCCUUCCUUGACAUUAGUUUCCUAUGACCCCGCUAAUCAUCACUUUCUUUGGCUAUUCCGCACAUCCUUAUCCUUCCUCCAUCCAUAGUAUUUUCUUUAGUUCCUCUCGUGUUAUUAUUUGUUCCGUUUCUGCUUCAAACCAUCUGUGUGACCAACGCGGAGGCUAUACAGGAAUAGGGGGCGACUAUGCUAUUUUGACUGCCUCGUCCCAUGUGUAAUCGCUACAAAACAAUAAAAACUAUGAGAAC